AUGGCAGCAAAUAAUUCUCAAGGUGGUCGAUAUCGAUCUGAUCAUGAAAUUGAAAAAUAUCGUUUAGAACUCAAUUGGACAAAAAUUCUCGAUAAAUUAAAAACAUCGAAAGUUUCAGAAUACGCAAAAUUCUUGGAAGGAGAAGCUCAAUUAGAAUUAUAUUUACAACAAUAUCCAUUAACUGAUUCUCAUUAUAUUGAAAAUGCAAGAGAAUCUUUAACUCGUGUUGAGAAUCUUUUAAAAUCAGGUGGAUUAUGUCGAACAUUCGAAGGACAAUGUUUAUUAGCUAAAUUAUAUUAUGCACAAGGACGUUUUGAUGAAUGUUUAACAAGUGUUGAUUUAGCAAUUAAUUCAAUACCGAAUGAAGAUGAAGAAGAACCACAUCGAUCAUCUUUAUUAUUAGCUGAAGUUUAUUCACUUAAAGGUCUUUUAUUAGAGAAAAAAGAUGAAGAAUUAUUCGAUAUUAUCAAAGCAUUUGAUGAUUCGUGUAAACUAAGUAAAACAUACUACGCAGAAGUUGAAAAAGCCAAAAAUUUAAGUAAUGAAAAUUUGGAUAUUGAAAAUUCAUUAAUUGAAAUAGCUUAUCAACGUUUACCACUUUUACACGCAGCAAAUAAUAAUGUAGCAACAGCAAUUGAAAUUUUUCGUUCGUACAUACAGAAUGUUCAUAUCAAAUCAUUGGAAACAAUGCGACAAACAUUGAUAAAACAAUAUGCACAAUUAUUAAUAAAAUGUGUUUGUAAAGGAAAUUAUCCUCCAAUCAAUGGAGAUUCCAAUGAUCAUCAUCAUCACCAUCAUCAUUUUCUUCCUCAUCGUCGAAAUUCUCAACCAUUAUUUGUUCCUCGAGAUGUUGAUGAAGAAAUUUUACUUUUAUUAUUAUUGGGCCAAUCAGCAACAUUAAAUGAAGCGGUACUCGAUUGGCAACCUGAAUACGAAGCACAACGAGAACGAAGUCAUCAAGCUGCUUACAAUAUUCUUUCACUUUUAGCGAUAUUUUUAUCUCGUAAACAAGCAUUUCAUUUAAUUGCAGAAUCUUAUGAACAAGCACUUCGAUUUUCUUUUGAACAUUUUCAAACUUGGUAUAAUUACGGUUUAGCAUUAAUUUCAUCCGGUCAAUCAUUUCGAGCAUAUCUAAUUUUGAAAGAAUGUCUUCGAAUGCAACCACAAAAUAUUCAAGUUUAUUUACAACUUUCAAAAAUUAUUCUUCAAUAUAUUUACGAUGUUCCUUCGUUAUUUGAAACAUUUCCAUCAAGUGGUGAAGAUGUUCAACCAUUAAUAAAACAAACAUUGAAUCAACAACAACAAAAUCAAUUCGAACAACGACCACCAUUUCUUGAUUUAAUUGAUGAAGCGAUCAAUUAUUGUCAACAAGCAAAAGAAUUACAAAAUCCUCCAUUUCCUCGAUCGUUACUUCUUCUUGCUUUGGCUCAAUCAUUCAAAGCUCGUCAAACAUCGAUUCAUCAAGAUCGACAAAAAUUAUUUCAAUCAGCGAUUAAAGAACUUCGAGAAUGUGUUGAAUUAGAUCCAUAUGAUUCAAUUGCACAUUUUCAUUUAGCACAGAAUUUAUCUUUUCUCAAUCAAACCGAUGAAGCAUUGAAAUCCAUUGAAACUUGUUUAUUGUUAUCACCCGAUGAUAAACACGCACUUCAUCUUCACACACUUCUAUUAACCGCAAAGAAACAAAUUCCCGAAGCUUAUGCACAAAUUUAUCGUGCAACAAAUGAUUAUCCUGACAUAAAUUUAUUGUUAACAAAAGCAUCGAUUGAAGAAGAAUUAUAUGGAUGUGAACAAUCCAUUGUAACUUGUAAAGAAGCUUUAAUUUUAUGGAAAACUGAAAUUGAACCAUUGUUAAUGACUAAUUCUCAUCAUACUCGAGGAAUUUCUCAUUCAAGUGCUGGAAAUCGUACAAUUGGUCAAUCACAAAAUCCUUCGAUUAAUACUGAAGGUGAAAUUGAACAAAAUCCAACUGGUGUAUUGAAAGUUGAAGAUGGAAUUAAAAAUUUAUUAUUAUUAAAUGUUCGAACUUCAUCUGGAUUAGUUAAUGAUGAAAAUUUUCUUUCAAAUAAUCGUUCUUCAACUUCAUUAUUCUCAAUUCAACCGGUUUAUUUUAAUUUAAUUCAAAUUUUUGAACAUCUUGUUCGAUAUUACAUAAAAUUAGAUAAAAUUGAUGAAAGUGAACGUUGUUUAAAAGAAAUUUCCCCAUUAAGUCCAUUUUGUCAUCAAAUGUUUUAUCUGCGUGGAUUAAUUUACAAUGCUCGUGGACAAUUAAAAUUAGCCAAACAAAAUUAUAAUGAUGCUCUGGCGAUCAAUCCUUUUCAUUAUCCAACAUUAAUUCAAUUAACAAAACUUUUAAUUCAAAUUGGAAAUUAUUCUUUAGCUGAAAAAUAUGCACGGGAUGCUAUUUCAAUUCAACCAUCAAAUUAUCAGCCUUGGUAUUUAUUAAGUUUAUCAAUGGAAGCUCGUGGUGAAUACGAACAAUCGGUUGAUGUUGGUGCAACAGCUGUGCAUUUAGAAGGAGACUCACCUAUUGUUUCUUAUCAUUCGAUUAUCCGAGUACUCUAG